AACAUGAACGUGGUAUAAACUCAUUUAUCAUAGCUGUAGCCCGGAGAGAUGUUACAUUUCUUCUUCAGUAAAUAUUAUUCUAAUCAAUUAUCUAUAAUUCUACCGUGCACAUGCACUUUUCCCAUUUAUAAAACAUAUUGUCUAACUUAUGUUAGCAAAUUACUAAUGCAUGCAUAAUUAUUUACGGAUAUGAAGUUAGUUCCUUUAAAAUCUUUGACGGCGAGUGAAUAACGUAAAUUCGAUUACAUGUUUUAGAUAUAAAUAUGUAACAUAGAAAUUAACGAGGAUGAAUCAUCUGAUUACAGAUGUUGAAGUUGACGUAGUUAUAUAAAUACAUUUUGAAACGUAUACAAGAAACAGAGAAGUGCUCGAGUUUCCUUGAUAUAGAAAAAGAUCUCGGCCUUAUCAUGAUCAUUAAUCGUGAAGUGAGGGGCGCCACUAUCACCGGCAUUACCAACGUUCGCUAUUCUAAAAGAUCUACCUCAAGUAAAAUGUUUCUUUUGAACAUCCUGUAUGUCGGUUUUGUAAAUUUCUAAGCACAGUUCAUAGCGGUGGUGUAACGUAUGUAUGCAAAUCCAGCGAAUGUUAUGUAAUUGUAAUAGAGAUUGGGAAGGGUGUCCUGCGUGGCGGACGGACCAGUUUACAAUGUUGGCGCGAAAACUUUCUUUCAAGGAGCGCGAGCGCGCCAGGAUCCCUGGGCAAUAAAACCGAGCGGCAGGGACGGGGAAAGUUAGAGAGAUAAAGAGAGAAGGAUUGUGGGCAUGGGCCAGGGGUUGUCGGGGGAUCUCGGGCAACUUGGCACGUCCGUGUACGGAGGUAACAGUGCUGGUGGCAGCACAGACGCUCGUUGAUGAGCGAACAAUUCACUUUGGUGCGCGGUUUCGCGACGUUGUUUCAUUCUCGUCGGUGUCCGUGAAAUAGGGGUGUGCAUAUGCACGUACGUAACGAGGCGGUAAAAUGUGUCUGUGACAUUUUUACCUGUUCGCUUUUCCCAAGUUAAAACGGUCGAGUGUCGUUGCCGUGGCUCGAAAAGUUGUUAGCUGGUGCGCGCCGUGCGUGCGGUUGAUCGGAGCGUAUACCGCUGCUCUCGUCAAUUUGGUGAGAGAGUGAGAGUGAGAGGGAGGAAGGGUUCCCCGUCUUCCUCUCUUCUCUCGCUAAAAAUCGCCCGGAUUUUUGAACAGGGAGGAAGGGUCUCAUAAUCGGCGUAGAAAACUAUGGAGAUAUCGAAGAGUUUGCAGGAAGAGAUACUCGCCGUGCAAAAUAAACUGAAAAAUGCCAUACGCAAUCAUCAGAUAUGCGUGGGCAAAUUGAAGGAUGACCCGAACAACACAGACAUCCUUGGACAGAUACAAAAGAUCCACUUGCACAUCGUGUCUUUGGGAAGGUGCCAGAAGCAAGUUGUCCAGAGGCUGCGCAAAGAGGUCGAAACGUUCAAAGCGGAGAAUGUGAACGGUGCGAAAGUUUCCAUAGCGUCGCUUCUCGGCUUGAAUAACAAUAAUCAUAUUACAAAUAAUAAUGAGACGAAACUCAAAACUGGCGACAAUGACUUCGCUACGAGGAAUUCAAAGGAGGACUACGAGGAGAUCGUUAGGAACGGCGAUGUUCCAUCGCUCGCGCAAAAUCCCGCGCCUACGAAGGAACGGCCCAAUUCGGUGGAAACGAUUUCUGGUGAGGAUGACGUUAUCGAAGUCUCUAUGGACGAGAAUUCUAACGAGAAGUCCGUGAAGGAAGAAAUGGAAGAGGUAGAAGAAAAAGAAUGUAAAGUCGAUUCACCCGAAAAAAUUGAAUUUUUAAUCUCCCUUGGUCUCAUCACUAUAACGACCUGUACUGAAUUGCAAAAUAAGAGGGCUGAGAGGAAACGUCGUAGUACUGCUAACCCGCAAUUUGUUUAUUCUAGCCUUGAAGUGCCAACGAAGAGAAAAAGACAUUCAUAUCUACAAUCCGGUAAUGUUCCUCAAACUCGACAAACGACUGCUCGUAUGAACGGCCCCUCGCCACCUCCUGUAAAAGCUGUACCGCCUAAAUCCUCUUUAACAACGUCGAGAACAGUGAUGAAAUCUCUAAUCCCAGUACAAAAGUCCGCUACGCGGCCGAAUAUUCUCAGAAACGUGACAGAGAGCAGAGUCUACUCUAAUAAAACCAAAAUUGAGAACGGGGCCAGUCAAAUGCCUGUACCCACCGUGAAAUCCGUUCAGUCGGUUGGCAACAAGGCAGUUCAUAUACCUGGCUUACCUUCAAGUUUGACUAUCGAGAGGAUCAGCAGUGAUUCAGCAGUCUGUAUAAGUUGUAGAAAUCCAGGUACGCUAACGGUAUGCGAGAAUUGUGCAUCGAAUUAUCAUGUGUCUUGUCACUCUGUUUCCCCGGCGCCAUCGAGGAUAUGUCCCAAGUGCGCGUUAAUAGAGGAAGAGGAGAUCGAUGACGGAGAAGAGGGCGAAGAGGAACACGAAGGAGGACGUCCACUGUUUAAGAAGGACGAAGAAUUCGUUGCAGCAGCGCACGCGUCAGGAAUUGUUAGGAAAACAAGAGAAGACGCAGAGAUCUAUAAAACGGCUUGUGGACUUCAUAAAGUUGAUGCAACUCAGAAAAAGCGGGGAUUCUCCAGCUCCAUCGGCAUCAGCCAACUUCCCUCUUCAACCUUCCUCAUCCCAAUCUCCUCCAAUUCCGCAUCGGCCAUCAACCAGUCGGACGCCGGAGUCACCGCAACGGUCAGUGAGCAUCGAGAAAAUUCCGUGCCCUACUCCUCCAUCAUCCUUAACCAGUUGGCCCGACCGAGCAUCGCCUAUAUCGAGAGAGCAGAGCCCCAAGUGUCCUAUGCCUACCAGCUACCAGUCACCAGUGUUCAAUCAGAGAAGCAUCAAUCGUACCUUAUCGUCAAGAAGAUCACCGAACCAGCUAGAGGGGCAAGUCAGUCUUCCGAAGACCAAAGUCACGCCAGAAUGCUCAACUACAAACUGCCAAUCACAUCAGGCUACAACUCUCCACAGACCGAAAUCUCUGUCGCCAACUCCUCAAUGCUUGUUGGUAAGCAGUUGCUCGACGGUGUCGGUCGUAACCGUAAGAAGCAAACAAACCGCGCCGUACCCGCCCUCAACCGUAUCAUCGACACAGAGAAUCUCUCCAUCACGGCCGAGUACCAACUGGAGCGAUCGACUUUCAACGGUAGAAAGUCCCGAACCAGACAACCACGAAACAAAUACGGUAUCAAUCAGCUGCGAUCUGCCAGAGCCACAGAAAUCCUACUGCCUUCCUACGAUAGUACAGAACCCGAUAAGCAGUUACAAAUUACAAAGUCGACCGAACCAGACGAAGCAACCCUGCUCGGUGGCCGUACAAAGUACCGACCAAGAACCGGUAGCUUUUUCCACACAUUGUUCUCAGGCCAUAACAAGUCCUAUAUCCUCACCGAUAGUUCUCGAGAGUCACGAGACCUCGGAGCAGCUAACAAAGAUUCCCCAACCGGCCGGAAACAGUUGCAUAAUCAAAGCUACCAGUUGGAGUCCGGCGAACGAAGUGAACCUACGGUCCAAGUGCAACGAGGUGCCCUCACAAAAUUCUUCGAGCACGUGAAAUUGGAAGAAGCGCAUAUACCAGCGCCACCUAGAGCAAAGUUAGUAUACAAAAGCGGUACUGCUUCCGAGAGGAAUGAACUUGAAGUUACGGAAAUUGCGGACGAUGACACGAAUAGCAAUGAGUACGUCAACAAGACGCCGCCCUUAUCAUUCGGUAACUUCAGCGAUGAUGUCGCCGAUCAAGAGGUCAAACAAAAGAAUUGGCUCUCGAAGAAGAUAGCGAAUAAGGGGCAAGAGAACCCGACUACGAGCGCGGAAACGCUCGAUUCUGCUUCAAAUUCGACGAGAUCGAACGACAUAAUCCCCUACGAGUGCGAUGAUGAUGAGGACGACAACCUACUGACUGACACAUUUCAAGCUGACGUUACUUAUACGAGACGUAUAGAAACCUUGACGGAGAUCGUGUCGAAGAACCAAGAGGAUCGGCAGGACUCACCGUCAGUGUGUAACGCACAAAGCAAUUUCUUGGAGCUUCGUAACGAGGUCUCAGUUCCUGACGAUAAGGCUGAUUCCGAGAGACAAGACUUAUCCAGUGGCAGACGCUCGACCAGUAGCAGUAGCGGUAAUAGCGCAAGCGACAGCGAUACCCCGGAACAAGCAAUGGAAGACUCUAUUAAGUACUCUCGGGGACAAUUAACCGAAAACGAAUACAAUGAGCGUCUAGGUAUUCGUGCUGUAUCAUCCGAGAGUAUGCAAGUGCUCGAGCAGUACGAAUCUGCUGUACUGGAAACUGGUUGUAGCAACGCUGCCACUUGUUAGAGUUAAUAAGAUUAGAAUGCGGUAUUAACGUACUGAUUAUGUUUACUGCUAACAAAAACUUUUCUUUCUGUUUUCGUCAACAAACUUGAUCCUUUCUUGGAUUCUUAAGAUUAUUUUCUUUCAUUUGAAGAGUCACGUUUCGGGAAACAGAAAUAUUUCCGGACUAAAUUUCGACCCGUACAUAUUCAGUGCUGCAUUUGAAUCUGUUACUUAUCUAGGAUUCCUAAAGGGAAACGAGCAUCUGGUUACUCGUAAUCGUUACUGAGCUUCAUAGGCAGUCCCUACUUUCUAUACUCCCUUCAGAAACGUAGCAAUCGUUUCGUGUAUCGUCAAGUCAACCGCGACUAUGACGAUACACCAUCAUCGUUUCACUUUAUAGAGAUAUAAAAUUGCCUCAAUAUUCUCUAUUAACUCUGUUACCUACUUUAUUUAUUGAUUGUUGUUCAUGAGAUUCUGUUUUUUCCGAACUUUUUGUAUGUAAUUACCUGAUCACAAGGACCAAGUUUGAACAUUUGUUCUAAUCGAAUCAUACUGUUUGACGAGAAGUUAACGGGAAUCAUGAAUUAUUUGCGCAACCUUGCAGAAUUGUAUACACUGAAAGUUUCCUCAGGAAGUUGAUGAAAGGAUUAUGAAUAACUGUGCAUAUAGUAAAAUUAUGUAUGUAAUCGUUUUACUGAGUUUUAAAAGAUUUUUAAAGGUCGUUUCAUUGGUAUUUUCAAUUUUGAUAAGUAGAAAACACGCACAUAUCCGACAGAUAGUGGACGAUCAGUGAAGAGUUAGAAAGGCUUGAGGGAAAGCCUGUUGUACGUAAUUCGAGUCAUAUUACCAUACUGCCUUAAUAGUAAUUUAAAAUCGAUACUUUUUACAAUAAUUUCUUAUGGAUAAGCUCGAGAAACGUGUAUGACUCAAUAGACUGAUUUGGAUGUCGCCACAUUGAAAUUAAGACGAAUCAUGUGGAAGAAAGAAGAUAAUCAAAACGCGUUACCGUAAUCGAAAACCUAGGCGCUAAUGUUGCGUGUACUUUGAAAAAAAGUAGAUAAAACGUUAUUAAAGCAACUUGCAAUCUUCUUUUUAUGAUUAAGAUAGUUUCUUGCGAACAGGAUAUAAGAAACAGAAUCAUUUCUUGUUUUUUUUUUUUAUUGUUUUAUGUCGAGGUGAAUGCUUCGAUGUAAUGAAUUAUUUGUAGCGUCUCAUUCAUUGAAAUUCGUGAGCAUUUCCUUCGAUAAAUCGAUGCAGCAGUAUUCACUAUAUUUUAACUCCACGGUAUAAGCGGGUGUCUUUCAUCAAUUAGAUUGUGCCGAACAUAACGAUUUAUGUAGCGGUGAAUUAAUCAGCGACGUCACCACGCCGAGCUAAUUUGCUCGAUUGAAAAUUGGACGUUAAUUAAGCAGUCGGGUUCUAUUUAUUCCGUUUUCGUUUUUCCUCUUGCGGUAAUUACCGCCAGCUUGUCCAAUAUAUUUAACUAGUGUAUAAAACGGAAAAAAAAGAAGAAAUUGUUACGUAAUGUAGGCAACGAGAUUAAGAUCGAAAUUCGUAUUUUUUAUGAAUAAAGUGAAAGUGAAACAUA